AUGGUGGAGGGAUCUAAAGAGACCUUAGCCAAUGAUCACCAUGGUUGGCUCAAAGCCAAAGCGUGGAAGUUGCAGCAAAAAAUGGUUGAAUUAUCCAACAAUACAACGAAGGUGGGGAAAGACGACCCCAGAAGAAUAGUUCAUUCUUUAAAGCUUGGAUUAGCCAUCACCACUGUCUCCUUGUUCUUCUAUUUCGAGCCUCUCUACGAUGGCUUGGGCACGUCUUCGAUAUGGGCUAUCAUUACCGUUGUAGUCGUCUUCGAGUUUUCUGUAGGAGCCACGCUUGGAAAAGGAAUGAAUAGAGCAAUAGCAACAUUAAUAGCUGGAGCUAUAGGAUUUGGAGCUCAUUACAUCACAAGCUUUACAGGAAAUAUUUGGCAUCCCAUAUUACUUGGGAUCUUGAUAUACACAAUAUCUGCCACAGCCUCAUAUUGUCGAUUCUUCCCCAAGCUGAAGGCCAAAUAUGAUUAUGGGCUUUUGAUAUUCAUCUUGACAUUCAAUAUGGUAGCAUUGUCCGGUUUCAGAGAUGAUGAGAUAUUAAAACUUGCAUGGCAUAGGCUCGCCAACAUUCUAGUGGGUGCCUUUAUUGCUGUGGCUAUUUGCAUCUUUGUGCGACCUGUUUGGGCUGGUGCUGAUCUUCAUCAAUUGGUUGCUACUAAUAUUGAAAACCUUGGGACAUUCCUUGAAGGUUUUGGGAUUGAGAAUUUUGGAGCAUGUCAAGGAGAGAUGGUUGGAGGAGGGAGUGUGAUGAAGUAUAGAAGUGUUCUUUGUUCUAAACAAAAUGAGGAAGCUUUGGCUUACCAAGCUACAUGGGAGCCUCCACAUGGAAAAUUCAGACUUUGUCAUCCUUGGAAACAAUAUCGGAAGAUUGGUACCUUAUCAAGGGACUGUGCCUAUUGCUUCGAAAUUCUUAACCGCUACCUCAACACGGACCAGAUUCAAUUACCCUUAGAAAUUCAAAGGCAAUACCAAGAGCAAUGCGUACAAGUAUGCAUUGAAUCAAGUAAAGCUUUGAAGGCCAUGGCUAAGGCAUUAAGAGAUAUAGUUCCACCGGCCUUGGCCAAGUCCCACAUCGAGAUAGCAAAAAAGACGGCUGGUGAGCUCAAGCUUCUUAUAGCGAGUAGCCACUUUCAUGGCAAUAUGAAUAUGGUAUCAACCACAACUUUGAUUUUACUACUCAUUGAUUCCUUCUCUUGUGUGGAGAAGAUUGUUGAUUCUAUUCAUGAGUUGGUUUCGCUUGCUCGGAUGAACACUGCGCUGCAGAAGUCCGAUGUAACGUCGACCGACCAAAAGGGUUCGGGUGAUAAGGCUUCGUCACAACCUCAUCAUAUUGUUACCAUUGCUCAAAGUUAA